CAAAGUUGCUGGGGAAUUGGUCAGAAGAAGCCAGCGAAUCCUUCCUCCUCCGACGUUACAAAAAAGACGAAUAAUUUUCCGGCGAAUAUAAACACAAUUGGGGUUUUAAACACGUCGUUUUUCGCGAUGAGCGGAAUACCCGGGACUGCCGUCGUCCAGGUGACCAAUCUGUCGUCGGCAGUGAGCAGCGAGCAGAUGCGCACUCUCUUCGGCUUCCUGGGGGACAUCGAGGAGCUGCGGCUCUACCCGCCCGACAACGCCUCCCUGUCUUUCUCGUCCAAAGUGUGCUAUAUCAAGUAUCGAGAACCAUCCAGUGUUGGUGUGGCGCAGCAUCUCACCAACACCGUUUUUAUUGACAGAGCCCUAAUAGUGGUGCCAUGUGCCGAAGGGAAGAUUCCGGAAGAGGCCAAGGCCUUGUCGCUUUUAGCACCCGCCGCCCCCGUGCACAGCCUGCUCCCCGGCGGAGGGCUGCUCCCCAUCCCUACGCCGGCCCCGCUACAGAACUUGAACCUGCCCCUGGUGGGUCACAUGACCGCCGGCGCCGCUCUGGACCCCACCACGUCCUCGCUCUCGCAGCCCCCCCUCAUGGGCAACGUGGACCCCUCCAAGGUGGACGAGAUCAGGAGGACGGUCUACGUGGGCAACUUGAACUCUCAGACGACAAUGGCGGAACAGCUGCUGGAGUUUUUCAGGCAGGUGGGCGACGUAAAGUUUGUGCGGAUGGCGGGCGACGAGACGCAGCCGACGCGCUUCGCCUUCGUGGAGUUCGUUGAGCAGGAUGCCGUCGCCCGGGCGCUCACCUUCAACGGCGUCAUGUUCGGAGACCGGCCCCUCAAGGUGAACCACUCCAACAACGCCAUCGUGAAGCCUCCCGAGAUGACGCCGCAGGCCGCCGCCAAGCAGUUGGAGAGCGUGAUGAAGCGCGUGCGGGAGGCGCAGUCCACCAUCGCCGCGGCCAUCGAGCCAGCCGAGAAGGAGAAACUCUACGCGGCUCAAUCGGGGAGAACGCGGCGCCAGUCACGCUCGCGGUCCCGCUCCGGCUCGCGCAGGAAGCGCUCGCGCUCCAAACACAGGCCUCCGCAGAAGUGGCCGAAGAACGACCAGCGCACUUCCCGAGGUGGCCACGGGAGGCGCUCUCGCUCCAGAGACAAGCGGCGGAGCACGAGCCGUUCCAGGGUCCGCCGGCGGAGUCUGGGCCGCUCCAGGAGUCCUCCCAGGAAGGCCAGGUCGCCCUCGCCAAAAAGGAUUAAGAAGCAUCGGGAACCCAGCCGGGAAGCACGGGAACGCUCUUCAUCGAGGAAGAGGAGCCGCAAAGACGAAGCGCGGCCGAAAGGCAAGAAGACACCCAAGGUGGGACGGGACUACGGCAGAGAGGCCUCGCCUUCCGAGGACGCCCGCUCGCCCCUCUUCACGCAGCACAACGGCGUCCACAAGGCGCGUAGCGACGACGCGUCCGUGUGACUCCACCCCAGGCCAUCGCGUCACCUCCCGACUGACUGACUUUGAGUUGUCGCUCCCCCGCCAGGAGGGCAAGUGAGCGCCACGAUGUCCAAUUUUUGAUGAUUUCUGCAACUGGGGCGUGUGAAAUGGCGGUACGUGUCGCAUGCGGCUCGGUCACGUGAUCCCAAAAUUGGCGGUUAACGGUGAGCCUCACUUGCCCGUUUUGGUGGCGUGAAAGGAAGGAAACACCUGACGUUUCCUGUUCGAGGCGCGGCGUUUACAAGGAGGCUUUAUUUUCUAUGUUUAUGUUUUUGUGGGCACGUUUGCUGUUUUAGUCCUUGUUUUGUUGUAUAGCUGUUAAAGAAAAAAAAUGUGUGUGUGUGUGCGUGUAAGAAAGAGGGUGGUGGUCAAAUUCAUAACCCAGUCCCAGGUUUCCGUUAUCUCCUUACACAGAGGCCCUCUUCUGAUUCUCAUUUUUCCUCAGGAACUUUCCUAUCCUACCCGAUCGAGAUGAACCGGAAGUACUUGGAGGAUAGGGCGUUCGAAUUUGACAAAACGCUAAGGAAAGAUAUCGCGAUGCAACCUUUAAAACCACCUUUAGCACAGGUUACUCCUGAGCAACCUUUGCGAAAGGAAAGGAGAUAUAUUACCCACAAUCCUUAACGGCGGAAAAUAUUGAAAGCAACAGACCAGAGGCGAUUGCAGACUACAUGAAGACGCUCGAGCGUUUCACGCAAAAGACAAGACAAAGAAAUAAUUCAAUAACUGUUAUUUUAAUAAAAUGAAAAGAUAGAACAGUAUAUAUAUAUAUAUAAACGUAUCAACAAUACAGUCUGAUGAGUAAACAAUUAAAAAUUAAAUCCAGAAUCAUGGGCAAUGGAGGAAAGCAAGCUAGAGACUUUUUUUUCAUGAUUUAUUCAUAAAACAGAGCGUAAACAGGGUGACAUACAUUCGGUGGCAAAAGGGCAGUUUAUUAUAUCCAAAAAUUCAAGUCUAAUGAAUUUCACAGUGUCUAAUGAUCCUAAUAUAUUGUUUGACUUAAUUUUAGAUUUGUAUUUCUUUUUAAUUGUUGUAGAAAUAUUUCACAUGGGUAGAACCUGUGAAUUAUUUUUAAAAAUAUAUAUAUUGUAUUGGAGUUGCCCACUGUGAGAGGCGCGGCGCCGAGCAGGUGUGGGUAUACUUAUUGCCCCCCCCGGCUCGGCGCCUGUACGUUGGGGUUCAUCCCGGUGGACGAGAGGGUAGCCUCCCUCUCCCUUCGGGUGGGGGGGCGGGUCCUGACUGUUUGUGCCUAUGCACCAAACAGCAUUUCAGAGUACCCACCCUUUUUGGAGUCCUUGAAGGGGGUGCUGGAGAGCGCUCCCGCUGGGGACUCCAUCGUUCUGCUGGGGGACCUCGGAUAAGCGGUAGAAAAUGGAUGGAUGGAUGGAUCGAUAUAUUGUAUUAGUCAGCAAAUAUGUUGCAAAAAAAAUUUGUUUAUACAAAUAUAAUUAUGGAAAAACAAAUGACUCCUAAAUAUCAACCAUUGUAAUCUUUGUUUGCUCUGUGCUGGCAUCUUGUGGUAAAAGACAUUGUAGUUGUUUUAUUUUAUUAUUGAUCAGCUAUUUAGCAGGUGAAGUCCGUAAGCUUGAGACUUUACGUCAACAAUACUGACCGUCGCGCGAUGACGCCUGUUAGGAAUAGAGGAAUCGAAUUCAUUUGAAACGCUGCUGUCCUUUCCGAUCUUCGAGAGGAGGCACCUUUUCAUGUCUCCUUGACCCGAUGACGUGUUCCCCCAAAGGUUAAGGAAAGGUGGCAUAAAGCUUCGGCGAUUGGAGAAUCUGAAGAGGGCCAGAGCCUCUGAUACGGCCUCGGACGCUAGCGAAUCGGCGGCUCAAAUUCACCUCCCCACUGUCAUUACCUUUCACGCAGAACCGUGACACUGGGAAAAGUUGGCUUUGAGAGACAGUAUGAAAGGGGUGUUAAACUGAACACUCCCACCUCUUGAUACUACUCAAGAAACUUCACACCCUAGUUCUGGCUUUCUGCCAUCUUCUUCCCUCCCCCACUCUGAUAUUACUCCGGAGGUUGGUAGUCACCUUCAACCCCUCCUUUUCAUGUUGACUCACGAAAAAGACUUCUUUGAUAGGCAGUGUGAAAGGGGCUUCUGGUUACAAUUCACACUCAAACACAGCAUUCAUCCCUGUUAUGCUUCUCAUAUGAUCUCAUAAGCCGGCAAAAUGGUGUGUCGACUUUAUGUCCCCGCACCCCUGCUUUCGUGGCGGUACCUUUCACACAGAACAGUGACACAUGAAGAAACCGUUUUUGACAGGCAGUCUGGAAGGGGCUUACGGUGUUGAAAUUAAACAGAGCCUCCAUCCUUGCCUCUGGCAGGACUUUUGAUGGGUCGACCUCUACUGCUAUUCUGUGUCGAUACGUUUCACACGGGACAGCGACACUGAGAAAAGAUAGCUUUGACAAGCAGUGUGAAAGGGGGUUCGUUGUAAAACUUCGCACUUAAGGCUGUGUUAAAGUGUGAUCUGUGCUACGACCGUUCAGAAGCUAAAAAAAAAAUAAAAAUGACGCGUCAACUUCUACUCCAGUUCCAUGUCUGUACCUUUAUGCAGAACAGCGACACAAAGAAAAGUUGUCUUUUACAAGCAGUGUGAAAGGGGCUUCUGGUGUUACUCUUAACACUUAAACAGUUUCCAUCCACCGCCUCUGUUACAACCGAUCACAAGCU